GUGGAGAUCUUGCCUCAGAAUAUGGGAGCAUUUCAGAGAACAGGAGACGACGAGCGCAUGACCACGUGGCUGAAUGGCUGACUAGCAGAGAACAAGUUUAGUGAGAACCAACAACAAGCAUAAAUGUCAGCAGUGUGACGCUAAAGAGAUGUCUGCUUCAGGAGUUAUAUCCAACCCAGUACAAAGCCAUCCUGCUGCAGACUUGAGAAUUGUGUUGGUUGGAGGAAGAUAUGGUAGAAUUCCCAGUGGUGAAAGCUCAGCAGGAAACAUCAUUCUGGAUCAAAAUGUUUUUGACGCCAGCAGAAGAACAGCUCAGAGUGAAGCGAGGCAGCAGGAAGUGUUCGGCAGACGAGUCACAGUGGUUGAUACUCCAGGAUGGUGGUGGCUUUGGCCUAAAGAAGACACUCCAAAACUGGAUCAGAUAGAAAUCCAGAACAGUGUCCAUCUGUGUCCACCAGGACCUCAUGUCUUUCUUCUGCUCAUUCCUAUCAGCUUACAUUUAUCUCAGCGUGUCAAAGCAUCACUACAGCAGCACUUGGAGCUUUUCAAUACAAAUGUUUUCAAUCACACCAUCGUGCUGUUCACUGGCGUUGAUCCAUGUAGUGAUGAAAAGAUAGAAUCUAAAAUCAGAAGAAAUUCAGUCCUGCAGUGGAUUCUUCAACAAUGUGGAAACAGAAAACAUUUUCUCAACAUCAGUGACAAAGAAGAUAGAGAUCAAGUAAAGAAGCUUUUACAGAAAAUUGAGACCUUGAUUACAAUCAAUGGAAGCAGACACUGUUCUGUUGACAGAAGUCAAGGAGAAGCUCUGAGAAAAGAAAUGACAGAUUUGACUGAAAGAGCCUCAAAAAGGUUUGAUCAAGUCCAGAAACAAAGAAAAAAACUCAAUACACUAAUUUCAGAUGGAAAAGUCCUUCCAGGGCAUUUAAGAAUAGUGAUGAUUGGAGCGUCAUGUGCUGGUAAAAGCUCAACAGUAAACACCAUCCUGAGAAAAAAUUACUUUGCUGUUACUGAAAGUAGUAGGAGAACAACCCAUUGUGAAAUCAACCAUAGUGUGGUUGAAGGAAGGCGGCUCACAGUGGUCGAUUCUCCUGGAUGGUUCUACAUCAACACCCUUCAGGAAACCAGUGAGAUGGAUAAACUGGAAAUAGAGAACAGUGUGAAUCUGUGUCCUCCAGGACUCAAUGCUGUGCUGCUGGUUAUUGAUCUGAUAACUGUCAUGAAUUCAUUAUAUCUGAGAUCUGUUCAGGAACACAUGAGUCUGUUUAGAGAAGAAAUCUGGAAACACACACUUGUUCUGUUUACCUAUGGAGACUGGCUAGGAGUGAAGACUGUAGAGGAGCGCAUAGAGAGUGAGGAAGGUCUGCAGUGGAUAGUGAACAAAUGUGGGAACAGGUAUCAUGUCCUGAACAACAAGGACCACAGUGAUAAGACUCAGGUAAAGGAACUACUGGAGAAGAUUGAAGAGAUGUGGGCAGGAAAUGAAAAUCCUUAUUAUGAAGUGGAGCUGGACCGAGCAGCACAGCUAGAAACCAAGAGAGAGACUGGAGACAAGAUGGCCAAAAGGUUGAAGAAGAUCAAUGAGAGAAAGACAAGAGUCCUGAAAGAACUGUUUGAAGAUGAAAGACAGCAAGUCAAUGAAAUCAAUAUUAUUCUUGUUGGCCAGAAAUGCUCAGGAAAAAGUGAAGCUGGAAAUCUGGUUCUUUUCAACAAGAGCUUCAAUAUAAACUUUGAGAGAGCUUGGUUGAAAAAGAACCAACAAGAUCAGAGAGAAACUUCAACAUGUGUAAAACACGAAGGAAACUUUGAUGGAGUAAAAGUCUCAGUUGUUGAAACACCAGGCUGGUUCUCAGACCCAACACCACCUGACUGGAUCAAAGAUGAAGUUCUCCACAGUGUCUCCAUGUGUUCUCCUGGACCUCAUGUUUUUCUCCUGCUUGUUCCCAUCCACAGAUCUUUCACAGAGAAAGAUCUCAAAGCUCUGGUGGAGAUCUUGAAGCCAUUAACAGAGAGAGUGUGGAGACACUGCAUGGUGCUGUUUACCUGGGGACACUGGCUCAAUGAUCUCCCUGUAGAGAAUUACAUCGUCAGAGAGGGAAAGGAGCUCCAGGAGCUUCUGGAGAAAUGUGGGAACAGAUACCAUGUUCUAAACCCCAAACAUUCUGAUGAUCUGGUGCAGUUGAAAGAGCUGUUUCAAAAAAUGUUUGUCAUGGUGAAACAGAACAAGGUAUGGUUCACAACGAAACAUAAUAAAAGAGAAUGUUCAGAUUCUGAAUCUACCGCGGCAAAAACACAACGCAUGCUGACAGAAGACGAGUGGAACAAACGAGAGCAGAACCUGAUAGAGAAAAUGUUGAAGGCUUUGUCAAAUGAACCAGAACAACCAACGGUACCUUUUACAAAAACAUCAAGUAGCAUGGACGAGGGCUACAUUCCAGCCAUGAGUGAAGAUAAGGACUCAGACUGUGGGAGAAUUGUAAAGUUUGGGAAUCUACGACUAUAUUACCAAGUUGCUGAAUGGCUGCAGCACAAUGCAAGACUAGCUGAGAUCAGCUCGGGGAAAAAGGUUCUGGUCUGCUCUGGUGAUGCAGAGUAAAACUCUUCUCUAAUGGAGAGAGUUUACUUUUAAAAUGAUUCUGGAAAGUUGUUUUUUUUAUUAGUAUUUUUAUAGUUCUUUGCUACUCUCAAAUGUUGACAAUAAAUCAAAUCACUAUCACAUCCUUUUUUUCCAAAAAAGACAUUAAAGAAACAAGUUUUAUUGCAUUUAAUUUUUUUAUGUCAUUUGAAUGAGCCUUGUCAAUAUUUAAAGCUUAAGACACUUAUUCUUUUUCUUAUAAAAGCACUAUGGAAAAAUGAAACAAAAGCAUAAUUAGAUUUAGAAUUAGAUACUUUUAGGAAAUCAUUUGAUUAAGAAAAUAUAUAAAGUUUUUAGAUUUAUUCUUUGUUCACUCUUUAAGGUUGCUAACAAACAUGUCAAAUGGUAUUUGUCUGUUCUCUCUAGAGCAACCACCAUUCUGCUCCUAAAAAGUAAUGUAUCUACAGUAACACUAUUUUCUACUGUUUUAAAUAUAAAACAUGAAUAAAAACAUUUUAAUUUUUAUUUUUAGUGUAGUAUGUAAAAUUAGAAUGACA